CGGGUUUCCACGAAGUACAGGGAGCGCUUAGUAACGCUGGGCUCUCAGGCUGCGGAGCUGCUCGGCCGAUAGGCAGGAAAUCACAAGUGGUGGCAGCUGGGAGAUCCCGGGCAGCUCAGGUAAUUGCGUUGGACUGCAUUUGCGUGUGACUAUGAGCGAUGCACUUUCUGCAGGGAGAGUCUGCCAUUCUGAGGAGGAAGAAGACUUUAUGGCCGGGGGAGACUUAGGGGAAGGUUUUGGGAGAAAGCCGGGAGGCCUAUAUGACGGAUCAGUGGAUGCCAUGGCAGAAACAUUUAAAAUAAGAAGGGUGUCAGACAAUCAUGGUCACUAUCAGCUUGUGAAGAAGGGGGAAGAUUCUGGAACAGCAAGUUGUUCUGUGUUAAGAAACAAUGCCUCUGAGGCCAAGACCACCCAUAAGUUUGGGCAUGUAGGAUACUCACGAUGCAGAAAGAACAGUAUAGAUGCAAAUUUGGAAGUGUCCAGUGAAGAUCUGAGGCAGCAGGUUCAAGAAUUAACAGAAGAGGUAGAUUUUUUAAGAAUAGAACUUGAGGCAUCGCAGAGGCAACUUAAUGGAAAAGAUGAAGCACUAAAGCUGUUACAAAGCAUGGCUAUGCUUGAUAAAGCCACAAGUCACACAAAAGAAAUGCUUCAAAAGGCUGAGCAGGAACGGAGAACUUUGGAAAAGGAGAUCAGUGUUUUGGAAUGGGAAAUUCAGUUUGAUCAGGUCAGACUUAAAAACAUGGAAGAAACUUGGAAAGAAAAGUAUGAGCGAGUGCUCUGUGAAAACGUGACAAUGAAAGAAAGUCUAGAGUUACGGACAAAUGAAAUUAAGGCUCUGAAAUCUGAGAAUACAAUUCUAAAUCAGCAGUGCCAGGAACUUCUUGCAAUGCUCGAUGUAAACCAGCAGAAAAUAUUUCAGGACAACCUGUCUCUAAAUAAAACCAGUUUAAUGGAUGUCACAGCAGUUGAACUUGCAGUGCUUGGGGCCUGUACCUGCGGUGAUGGGGGACCCUGUCCCUGUGCCAAAAUGUCUUCUGCUACUCGCAAACAGCUGCUUCAGCUCAGGAAGGAGCUUGAAGCAGAGAAGAAAAGUAAAGAGGAAGCAUACAUUAUGGCUGAUGGUUUCCGAAUUGCCUUUGAGCAGCAGUUGAAGCGUAGAAAUGAUGUGGGUUUGCAGAUAGAUGAUAUGGAGAAGGUCUGUAAGAAGGGAAACAAAAGGUUACCCAACUGGAAGAUCCUUAAAGAGAACGGACACCUGUUUUCAAAAGAAGGUUACAAAGGUUUAGGACAAAAAUUAAAGAGCAUGCUAAUUUCACCUGCUGACUGUAAAAAUCUAGAAUGCUUAGAUGAACCCCAAGAAAUCCUCAAGAUACUCAUAGAUUUGCUAAACGAUAAAGAAGAGGCACUAGCACAUCAACGGAAAGUCAGCUAUAUGCUUGCACGGACUAUGGAAGAGAAGGCAGAUCCAGCAACAAGCCCAAAGAGUGAGACUGACGGAGAUCUGCAUGCAGAAAGUUCACAACAAAACAGUUCAGAUACAAGACUGACAACUGACCAUUGCACUUGUCCUACAUAUGGCGAUUCAUCUGAGAGCAACAUAUCAUUGGAGGAGUCUAAAAGGAUUGUUGAAACCGUAUUUUCUUCACUGCACAAGGAAUUAUCACCCAAGCUUGCCUGUGUACAAUCUUCCGAGUCAGCUGCUGAGAAUGAAGCACAGCCAGUUGGAGUGGGGCACACUGAAACAUAGAAGAAAUACUAGAACUGUAAAUUAAAAAAGCUUACAAUUAAACAUUUUUUAUGUUUGCUGUACAAUUCUGAGAGUGCUGCUUGCCAAAGAGGCUUACAGUAUAUGCACCUAAUAGGCAUAGUGAACUAGUUCGGCCAGUAUAUUGAAAUAUAGAAAUAUAUUUUUUUUCAAUGCAAUUUUUUCAAAUACAUUUUUAAAAUGUAAUAUAUAUUUUUAUUCUCAUUCAGGUAAGCUCAGAUUUGCAAUAACAUGACUCACAAUGAGCACCUGUUGCAACCCAGAAGAUGUUCACUGCUGCCAAAACCAGAUGGUCAGAAUGACCAUAUGGAGGGGACCAGUUAGACGGUUAUACAGCUGCAAUAUGCCAGACCUGGUACAAUAAGCCCAAUGCAAAAGUUACAUUGUUGGCAGUCUAAUCUUCAGACUUUAACUGGAAAAUAGUUACAUUAAUAUAUUGUAUAUAAAUUAAAUUAUGUUAUUUUAAAUGUCUAGAGCAGUGUUCCCAUGUUGCUCACCAACCCCUUGGAUGUUGCUCCCAGUGGCCUCAAAGCAAGUGCUUAUUUUUUAUUUCUGGUUAGGAGGCAAGUUUUGGUUGCAUAAAAACCCAGUGUAAUUGCCAAACAGAGCCUUCUGUAGGCUGCCAGUCCACAUAGGGGCUACCAAAUAGCCAAUUAUAGCUUUCAUUGGCACCCUCAGGAAUCUUUGUCAUGCUUGUGUUGCUUUCCAACAUUUUUUCCAUUUGAAUGUGGCUCACGGGUAUAAAAGGUUGGGGAUCCCUGGCCUACACAGAAGAACUUCAAUGCAAGGUAGAAUAAAGAGAAAUUCGCUAUUUGCACAUUGCUAAGAAUAAUUUAGAUAAGAUAAUGGACAAUAUGUUUACUCUUGUUCCCAGCUGAUGAUAACCUUGAUAUUUUAUAUUUCUGUUGUAUUUUGAUCAGUAGCAGGUUGUACUUAUUUAAGCAUUUAUGCUUUUCUUAUGUGCACUUUGUCAAGGCCAUACAUCUUCUAUUUUUAUUAUGUCAUAUUUUGGUGUUUUGCUGUAAAAAUAAAUGUUUCUCAACCA